UCCCCGAAAACGCCCGCGGUGACGUCGGCGCCCGCGCGUCGCGACGAGCGCGCGCGCGAGGGCGAACCCGUGGAGGUGUUCGCCGCGCACUCGCCCUACGACGCGCUGUGCGUGCUCGUGGCGCUCGUUCUCGGGCUGUUUCGAGCGGCGAGCGCGCGGUGCAGCUGCUGAAUCGAGUCGAAACGAUGAAGCGCGAAGACGCGCUGCGCGCGACGAGCGCGACGCUGCGCGCGCGAUCCGUGCACGAAGCUCGCGUGCGACGAUUGAACGACGCGCGCGCGAGGGAGGCGCCGGAUGGGGCGUACGUGUUGCUCUGGGCGCAGAGCGCGCAGAGGACGCGCUGGAACGAGGCGUUGGAGUACGCGGUCGACCGGGCGAACGAUAGACGCGCGCCGCUCGUGGUCGUGUUUUGCUCGACGGCGACGUACCCGGAGGCGAACGAACGACACGUUGGGUUCAUGUUGGAGGGGUUGUGUGAGAUGCGGGCGACGCUCGGGAAGCGGCGAAUCGCGUUCGAGGCGUUCGCGUGCGCGCCGCCGGAGGCGGCGCUGGCGGCGAGCGAACGAGCGAUCGAAGUGGUGACGGAUUCGGGGUAUUUACGGUUACUUCGCGCGUGGCGGGAUGACUUGGCGCGGAGGGCAACGUGCGCGGUGACGGAGAUCGAGACCGAGUGCGUGGUGCCGCAGUUGGGGCAGGGGGCGCGACGCGCGGAACCGUCGGCGGCGACGUUUCGGCCGAAGGUGCUGGCUCGCGUGCGGGAGUUCACUAGAAACGCGUGCGCCAAGACUGUCGACAAGUACGAGCGGCUGCCGCUCGAGCGAGGCGUCGACGCGUGCUUGAACGUCCUCGACGCUUACGGGCUAAAGCGAGAUCCCAGCUGUCCUCGCGUGUCGUCUCACGUCGGUGGAGAGUCUCGAGCCAAGGCGAAGCUCGAUGUGUUUUUGACGAAAAACAUGCUCUCGCGCUAUCAUCAUUCGCGUAACGAUCCGUGUUUGUGUUUGCAGAGUCAUCUGUCGCCGCACAUUCACUACGGGCAAAUCUCCGUCGUCGAAGUGGCUCGCAAAGCGCUCGCGUUUCGCGACGCACACGCCGAUGAAGCCGACAUCUGUGCAAGCGUGGAUGUUUUCCUCGACGAACUCAUCGUACGAAGAGAGUUGGCGGUGAAUUUUGCGCUGCGAAACCCAAAGUAUGAUUCUUACGACGGGCUUCCCGAAUGGGCGCGAGAGACGCUGGAGAGGCAUCGAGGUGAUCGCCGCGAAUGGACGUAUACACUCGAGGAGUUUGAACACGGCCGAACGCACGAUAAGUUAUGGAAUGCAUCGCAACGAGAGCUUGUGUCCAGUGGUAAACAACACAAUUACUUGCGAAUGUACUGGGGAAAGAAAAUCCUCGAAUGGAGCUCGACGCCAGAAGAGGCUUGGCGUAUCGCGAUGACGCUCAACAAUAGAUAUUCACUCGACGGUCGAAAUAUGGUUUCUUUGACCGGCGUGGGAUGGUGUUUCGGCCUGCACGACCGUGAAUUCCACGAGGCGAGCAUAACUGGCACGAUUCGACGCUUUUCUGAAUCUGGCAUGCGCAAGAAGUUC